AUGCAAUUCACAGCAUUCAUGAUUCCACAACUGAAUCAGUCCCCAAGAGAUGGGGCCGUUGGUAUGCUUCAAGCUGAUCAGAGCAUCAGAGCAGUAUCCAGUGUACUGAAUGUCAACCAUUCGACGAUUGAGCGUUAUGACGAUACUGGAAGUUCAGCAGACCGCCCAAGACCACGAAGACCUUGGGUGACUAACCAGUGUCAAGACCGACGGAUUCGACUAAUUCAUCUGUGCAACCGAUUCCAGCCCUCUAUCCAGAUAGCUGUUACUACCACUUGGAGACAAAACAGACCCAUGGGUGUCAGAACCGUCCACAACCAUCUGCGACAUGUAGGAAUUCAACCUUACCAUCCUUGCACAGGUGCGGUCCUUACCAUCCAUCACCAAGAGAACUAA